CUGCGAGCCCUUCGAUGAACUGGAAAAUAUUUUGAUGACGUGAUAGCUGAAUUAACACUCCUUCUUUCUUGAGGAAAUAGAACAGAGGUGCUUCUUGACCUUCCACGGGGAACGGUUGAAAGUAUUAGAGAUACAACUUCACAGAAACAUGACCAAAACACAACAAGAAUGUUGUGCUUUAGAAUGUCGCAUGAUGAUGAGUGUACAUGUGACGAUUGAUACAAAUUUAUGUUAACGGGCAGGCAAUUCAGCUGGAGUUAGCCGGGCAGGCUCGCUUGGCCGGUGUUUUUCAUCCUGAUAUUAGCUCGGAUUCCAGAUAACCGGAUUGGCUGGGUUUUCAUGCAAUCACUGAUAAAUUAUAUUUCUGUUGCGUUUAAUUGGCGCCCUGAGAUCUUUUCAAAGCGAGCCAGCCCGGAACCCGGGCAAGCCAGACUCAUGUAUUCAGCCCCUUAACGUCAUUCAUGAGGUCUUCUUUUUUUAGAUUGGAGGCCAUUAAGUUUUACCCCACUAUGCUGUGAAUAAAAAUAUUUCAAUAAACAUUGGAAACUAGCGAAUAAUUUGUCUACCUUAUUUAUUCUGGGCGCUCUUACGUACGAACUGUUGUACUUUAAUUUUCAAUCUUAGUACGAGGACAUCAGCAGCAUGGGGAUGUUGCUGACCGAUUCACAAAGAAAGUGGGUCAGUUUUCUUAAAGAAGCCGCCAGAAAGAAACCACCUUCAAAGGAGAUUCGACCUAAGGUACUAGCUACUACAGUAUAGAUAUAUUUAUUUUAGGAUUCUAAGCAUGGCAAAGAUGGCUGAAAAUACUCACCAUGACAUAGCCGCUUUAAAAAGGUGAAGACGGUAUUGUUGGUUGAGGAAUAAAACACUUAAUACCAUCUAUACAACUACUUUCCGGAUGCCCAGAGCCGGGCCUCUUACCGUGCUUUUUUUAUGUGUAUUUGAUUAUAUCUUCCACAGAAAAGAUUGAUCGGCCUGCUAUAUGACGUGGUAACGGGGGAUAAAUUUGAAGUCACAAUUAUGACAGUGAUAAUGUGCAACAUGGUCAUGAUGAUGAUUCAACAUUAUAGACAGUCCUCCCAGGUCACCGCCGUACUUCAUAUCCUUUUGCCACGACAGGUUUUUUCAUUUGUUUUCUAUUUCCUUAAAAAGCGGUUUUUAAUUUGUGUAAUUCAUUUAAUCUGUGCGAUCUAAUAUCUACUUGUAUAGGACAAAAACAGAAAUUUCUAUUAAAGUUGCUCUUGGUUGAAGUUAAAGUUCUUAACUUUCCGUUUAUGCUUGAAGUGAAGUCCACGGACACAUAAAAGGCAGAGUAUAAAUAUAAUUAUCAAACGCCUAACAUCGUUUUGAGAGAAAUGUUAGUACUUCUUUUUACAUUUGGGUAGUCCCAACUCUCUGCCAAGUCCCAACUAAACUUUAUCAUAGUCUUGCCCACGAAGUGACAGUAACCUCUGGUGAUUCCUGCACGUUCCAUCACAAACAGGCAGAAGAUUAA